AUGUCUGGCGAGCAGCAAACCAUCCCGGCGCGCCAUGGCACGGCGACAUUCGUGCCGCGCGGACACACGAUCAAAAUCAUAAACACCUACGGCCACCAAGUCGUCGAUACCUGGGCUUUUGCGCUCGCCAAACCGCCGUCGCGAGAGGAGAAGAAGGCGGAAGAGGAGGCUGCCGACAAACAGGCAGCUGAGGCCGAUACCAAGGACGACAAGUCUACCGAGCAGAAGGAAGGGUCCAGCCAGAAGGCGGAGGAGCAGAAGGGGGAGUCAAAGGAUAAACCCGCGACCGAUGCGGCCGCUGCGGCGAAGGCGGAGGACGAGAAGCAAUCAGCCAAGAAGGAUGAGCAGAAGCCUGCGAAGGAAGAUCAGAAGACAGAUGAAUCUUCCGAGAAGAAGGAUGGGGAGGAGAAGCCCUCGGACGACGCGCAAAUGGCAUCGGACCCGCCCUCUGGCGUCCCAUCAGACAACGAAGCGGAUUCGAAGUCGCCGAAGGCGGAUAAGACCGAGAAGUCCGACAAGACCGAGAAGUCCGAUAAGACUGAGAAGUCGGAUAAGAACGACAAGUCUGACAAAACUGAAAGUUCCGACAAGGCUAAUAAGUCCGACAAGUCCGACAAAACAUCCACUAAAAGCAGCUGGACGUCCUACCUCCCUUCACUCCGAAGAAAGGGCGCCAGCAGCGGUAAGUCAACGACCGAGGAGGAGAAGCCCUCCGAAAAGUCCAAGGAAGAAAAGGACAAGGAUGAGGAGGCAGAGAAGCAGGCCACCUCACGAACAUGGGCGUCCUACAUCCCUUCUGGCAAAGGUUUCACAUCCUACUUACCCUCAAAGGGUACGCUCUCAGCGUUUGCAGCAUCACACCAGCCAGAUCCCAAUAAGUCGUAUGCAGAACAACUGUACGAUUUCUCGAAGACGCCCGUCGGCGCUGCUAGUAUUUCCGCACUCUGGGAAGCCGCCACCGGCUCCGGCGUCCCCGGCACCCUCUACGCCGCCUACUCCGCCUACACAGCCUCGCACCAAGACGACGUCCCCCCGAUGGAAUUCCUCUCCAUGCCCCACACGCGCGCCUCAACUCUGCACCUGAUCCCCCGGCCCGGCGACACCCUCGUCUCGAACCUCCGCGCACCGCUCCUGACCAUCGUCGAAGAUACCUCGCCCGGCGUGCACGACACCCUGAUCGCGGCGUGCGAUCCGCAGCGCUACAAGGAGCUCGGCGUCGAGAAGUGGGAGGAGCACGGCAGCUGCGCGGAGAACCUGGUCAUGGCGCUCAAGGACAUCAACGAGAAGAGUGGGUUGAAGGGGGCGAGGAGUAUCGGGGCUGAUGUCACGGUUAAUGAUGUCCCGGCGCCGUUGAAUCUGUUCAUGAACAUUCCUUGGAGCGACGAUGGAGUGAUCAAAUUCGAGGCACCUAAGGAGAAGAGGGGCGGGUAUGUGAAACUCAAGGCGGAGAGAGAUGUCGUGGUUGUGAUGAGUGCGUGUCCGCAGGAUGUGUUGGCGAUUAAUGGGAAGAAGUGUAUGGUUGCGCAUUUUAUGGUCGAGGAGCCGGGGAAGGAGGGAGAGGCGAAGAAGGAGGAGGCGAAGAAGGAGGGGGAGCAGAAGCCGAAGCCGCCGAAGCUCAGGCAGAAGAGCAGUGAGCAACAGGCCCAAUCUAAGUCGACUGGAAAGUCGGAUGCGAAGGCCGAUGCAAAGCCUGAAGCAAAACCAGCAGCAAAGUCGGAAGCGAAGCCGGACAAGCAAGCGCAACAGCCCAUGGCGCAGGAGAAGAAACCUGCGCCGAAGAAGGAAGAAGCAAAGGAGGAGCAGCCGGAGAAAGCAGAGUCGAAAGAGCAGCCGAAGCCGCAGGAAACGAAGCAAGAAGCGCCGAAGGAAGAGAAGAAAACCCAACCGCAACCGAAGAAGGAUGAACCGAAGAAGGAGGAGCCGAAGCAAGAAGAACCAAAGAAAGAUGAACCGAAAAAGGACGAAACAGCGCAGCAGAAACAAGCAGCACCGGAGACCCCGAAGAAGCAAGAGACCGGGCAGGAUUCGCCGACUCCUAAGAAGAAGCCAAAGAAACUUGAGAAGCGGAGUAAGCCUACGAGCGAGGCAUCGAGCGAGAAGUGA